AUGUACAUAAACCCUUCCCAGUAUUCACAGGUGUUUUCUGAUAUCAAACGAACAUCAUCUUCCCAUUCCACAUGCAAGCUUAUAUUGUUUGUCUCGUGUCUCAGCAUUGAUAGCAUAUGUACGGCUAAGAUAUUGAGUCUAGUAUUGAAAAAGAACCUUAUCCAAUACCAGCUUAUUCCAGUUGCUGGGUACGCCGAUUUGAAAGAACAUUAUCUCAAACUCGAUCCAGAAGUGUCAAAUGUCAUUCUCAUAGGCUGUGGAGCCAUGGUUGAUAUCGAGUCUUUCUUCGAGAUUGAUCCAAAUGACUACGUUACAUCGCAAGACCCAAUGCCGUUGAAUCACUCACAGCCGCUCGAGGAACCAGACCAAGGCCCCUCAUUCAGCAGAAAGAUAUACAUCAUGGACGGAAGCAGGCCGUGGAACUUGGACAAUGUUUUCGGUUCACAUAUGGUAGUCUGCUUUGACGACGGAUACAUAGACAAGAAUUUGGCACAGGAGCGAGAAAGCUUCAAGGUGUUGGUGGACGCGUCCGACCAUGAGUCCAGUGAUGAGUCCAGUGGUGAAGAGUCUGACGAACAUGAAGUCAUAGAAGAUGAGGAUGAGGAAGAUAUCGAAGACGAUGGCGGUGUCGUUACCGAUGACUCUGGCGAGAACAGAAAACGCCGUCUUGAAGAAGCUGAAAAUAAAAAGUUACGAAAACAGAGGAGGAAAGAGCUCAAUGCAAGCGAGAAUGUUAUUGAGACCUACUACAACCAGGGAACCGCUGUGUUGACAGCCACAACCGCCAUCAUAUAUGCAUUAUUGGCCACGAUUGGUGAAACUAGCAUAGAUAAUCUUUGGCUCUCAAUCAUUGGUGCUUCAUCCCUUGAUCGACUCCACCCAGAGGUCUAUGACAAAAUACAACCUCUAUUCCUGGAGGAAGUUCAUCGACUCAACCCAUCUAAUGCCGGGACUGAGAGAUCUGCAGACUCCACAGCCCUAUCGAUAGAGAAGGAUUAUCACUUGUUCUUGUUACGUCACUGGACGCUAUAUGACUCAUUUUUCUAUUCAUCCUUAGUGAACUCCAAACUCAAUCUUUGGACCGAGGAUGGCAGGAAAAAGCUACACAAAUUGUUCGCUAAAAUGGGCAUUUCCCUUUCGGUUGCUCAACAAAAGUGGCUAUACAUGGACAUAUCCGUCAAAAAGAACUUGCCGACCAUCUUCAACAAAUACCUACCUCUUUACGGACUUGAGGGCAUCGUGAGGGAUGGAUUUGUCAGAACAUUCGGCUUCGUUGGACAACUAUCAGCCAUGGAAUGUGUCGAAGCCCUUGUUGCCCUUCUUGAGUCCGACGAGAGAAUAAGCGGGGACAAGAACCACGACAAAGAUGAGGAUAUCAACGAGAAGAUCGAAAGAAAGGAGAAGCUAUGGGUCAACAAUUUCUGGUCCUCUUGGGAUGCGCUUAACAUGAACAAUCAUGGCAAUGCUUCAAGAAUUGUAUCCUCCAACACAAACUCGUUAGCCUCAGCUUUAAGUUCCAAGAAGUUGAAGGGUUACGACCUUUUGAUGAGGGGCCUUGAAAAGGCAAAAGAUAUUCAGCAAAUCAUUUUCAAGACAGGUAUGUCUGUCUUGGAAAGAAAGCUUAUGAAAAACUUACGACUUUAUCGACUUUGCGUGUUGAAUGAUGGAUCCAUUCCCGACUUGAGCAUGUUCAAUAACCCACUUAUUCUCACAAAGUUGGGCAAUUGGCUCUUGGAGAACAUUAAUGAGCUUGAGUUCCUUAAUCUCGCCUCAAAGAAUGACAAGUCUCUCUCAAAUGCAUUGAAACCUCUCGUCCUAGCCAGUUUGGACCCUGCAUCUGACACAUAUCUUGUCAUUGGUCUUGCACCAAAAUAUCCAAGGGGACUUGAUAAUUCUGCAAAAGCCAAAAUUGCUCAAGAAACCAAAGAUAGACCACAUCAACACGAUUCUACUUUCAUGACUCGUCUUAAUACCUUCAGCGUUGCAUUCCAAAGAGUUGCUGCAUCAUCGGAUGCGAAGGUGAGAAUCAAUAGUUUUGAGUCCUCCAUCAUCGAGAUUCGUAAAGACGACCUACUGCCAUUCUUGGAGAAACUCACUUUAAGUGGAUUAAUUUAA